AUAUACUGAGUCCUAAAACAUUUACACUUCUCUACGCCAUUACAAGAGAUGGAUGUAAUGCUACAACGUUCCAUCAGAAAUGUGACAACCAGGGACCUACAGUCACAGUGCUGUAUAAUCAACAAGGAUCGGUGUAUGGAGGUUAUACCUCUGUUACAUGGCAAGCAUCAGGUAGUUAUAGUAAUGAUCAGAACGCAUUCCUGUACCAGUUACACUACAGCAAAGCACCAACAUAUAUGAAAUUUCAACGAAAUGGUAAUGGAAAUGAAAUUUAUAGAUCUUCAAGUUACGGUCCAACAUUUGGCAGUGGACACGAUCUUUAUACCUUCAAUGGAACUGUCAACAAUUCUGGAGGUUAUUUUACUCUGAAUGGGCAAAUGCGUAUCGGGAGUAGCUACAAUAACCAGGGGAAGAAUACUAACCAAAUCAACAAUGGAAACAUGAAUGUCACAGAACUCGAGGUCUAUAAAGUAGCUGAUGGUCAAAGGAAAGAGAUUGAAGAAGCAGAGCCUUGGCGUAAAUCGAAAAGCUGGAAUGAAAAGUUCCUAGAUGAGCUAACAGAAGAUGUAGUGUCCUUUAAACCUUUUCCGGAUUUGGACAUCUCCGAGGCUCGAAUCUUGAUGAUCGGCCCAGUUGGAGCCGGCAAGUCGAGUUUCUAUAACACUAUCAACUCCAUAUGCAGAGGUCAUAUUACACAGAGGGCAGGCAGUGGAAGCGCGGAACAAAGUUUAACGACCGCAUACACUCCUUAUUUUGUGCGAGUUCGAACCGGGGCUAAUUUGAACUUCAAACUGUGUGACACACGUGGGUUAGAAGAAUCGCAGGGUCUAGAUGUUCUUGAAUGUAACUGCCUACUGGAAGGAAAUGUACCUGAAUAUUAUCAGUUCAAUCCAGGGGCGCCCAUAUCCGCAGACCACGACGGUUACAUAUCCAAACCAACUCUUGAAGAUAAAGUGCAUUGUGUGGUAUUUGUUCUAGAUUCUACUACACUUGAUGUUCUGCCAGCCAAAAUUCUACAAAAAAUGAAAAGUUUCCAAACGCUUAUGAACAAAAAAGGUAUUCCACAGGCACUUCUACUCACCAAAGUAGACAGGCUUUGUAAAGAUGUAGAAAAAGAUGUAUCUCAAGUCUUCAAAAGUAAAACAGUUGAAAAUCAUGUUAAGAAUGCGUCUCAGCUAUUUGGUCUACCACGUGGUAAUGUACUUCCGGUGAAAAACUACGAAAACGAGAUGCAGCUUGAAGAUAACAUCAGUAUCUUGGCGCUCAUUUCUAUGCGGCAGAUUUUACACUUCGCGGGAGAUUAUAUGGAAAAUAUUGCCGACAAAAUGGCUGCUACUCAACGAAAAAUGGAGAAAAUGAAAGUGUAAAAGUAAAUCAUUUUGGGAUGAUGUGAUUAUAACAAGUACAGGACUUAAAUCUUUACAUACGCCAUUUUGUAAACGUAUGCAUGUGAAGGUUCAUAUCUUGCUCUCUGUUAGUUUUAAUUGAAUUAAAAGAAAGGAUUAUAUUUUAAUAAUGUUAUUAUAUCUAAAGUUAGUGAGUUCAGCCUAGUGACUUUAAAAAAAUACUUAACAUAUUGUCAAUAUUUAUAACUUUUUGGUUUGUAUAACAAGUAUAUCCUAGUGUAGUUCUCUUUAUUUCUAAAAUGUUUAAUUUGCUUCUGAAGUAUACAUUGUACUGUACUAAUAUUUUGUAUGAAUAAAGAUUAACCAAUUA